UGACGUAUUGAUGACGCAUUUCUAUACUGACGGUUGGAGGCCAAGGCUCGACAGCUUAUUUACGUAUGUGUUUUGCUUUCAAACGCUGUAGCAUAACGCUGCGAAAUGAGCAAAAAAGGAAAUAUAUCUUGGGUGAAACCAACAGAACCCUCUUUUCUGCGUAAAUUCAAGAAUGAUGUUGGCUAUAAAGAAGGACCAACAAUCGAUACAAAGAAAGUGGUAAUGCCCACUUGUGAUGACGACAGCGGGGACAGCGACCGCGAGGACGAAAUGCCACAAGUCGUGGUUCUGAAGGACGGCCACCUGAAUGCCGAGGAGGUCAAAAAUAUUAAAGCCAAGAUGAAGGCCUCCAAAGAUGCCCCAGAAGACAAGCCACCUGAAGACGGUAAGAUCCUGUUCAGGAAGCCGGUAAAACGCACCUCAGAGAAGUUCCAGGGCAUCACCGCCAGCUCCAGCAAGAAGAAGAAGAGCGACGAUGUCAAGAAGGAGGAUGAUGUACGGAAGAAGGUGAAAAACAGCAGCCUCCUGUCUUUUGGCGGGGAUGAGGAAGAGGACGAUUAGCCUCAGCACAGAUGGGUGAUCCCAGCCUAUUUAUACAGGAGGACUCUGAGGAAGGGGGGAGGGGGGACCUUGGUCAGGUUUGACACCAACAUCUUCAUCUUCACCGCUUUAUCUUGUCUCACACAAACCGUGAUACUCAUGUUACCUUUUGGUCACAUUUUGUAAGAUGGCUCCAUGCCUGGUAUGAUAGCAUGUUGAACAGCUACAAAGCUGAGUUCUGCUAGUUGCUAUCUUUAGGAAGCAUGUACGGUGCUAAAAGUGGCAUCGUACCCGGAAAUUUGAGCUUGCCAGCCACUUUAGCACUUCGUUUGUGGUUGUCAUCUGAGAAUGGGGUCCAAAGAUCAAACCAUCAUCCCUCCUCCGAAUCCGGUUAAAUUAAGCAGUCAUGGUUGAGGUUCUUUCCUUAAUAUGUAAAUGAGGUGUCGUAGAGGUUAAUCGAUAAAUGCAAGGGCGGGAGGGGGCACCCACUUUUUUCAUGUUGGUUUUCGUUCUCCAUUAUUCCAAAGUUUUAAAGUAAAAAGUAGCAUCCCUCUAAAAUGAGAGCAAGGGUUUCUCCUUGAAUCAAGUUAUACCGUUUUAUCCCAUUAAGGCUUCCUGUAUCACAUUUUACAUUAUGGAAAUGUUUGUUUCACGUUCUCUGUGCAGGGAACUGCACAGAGGAAGUUCUAUUUUCUGCUCCAUGACAGAAGAAAGUGCAGUCAGUUUGAUACAGAAAUCUCACAUUGCACGUCUUCAUAACGGCUUUUAUUUGUGACUGGCUUAGAUAUGAGCUUUAUUUUUUAAAAUCUCCCCCUUUUCCACCAUUUAUAGAGGGACCCUCCCAUUGCAUUUUACCUUUUCGUCUCAUUUGGUGUGUAUAUACGUGUCAAAGCUUCUACAAAGGAGCUGACCACUUUCAGUUUGGGUUGCUGUUGAUGCAACGCGAAUUGUUACUGUUUGUAGGAAUUUAAUAGGGAACUUGGUGCAGUUACUGUAGCAUGUGGAUAUGUGUUGUUGCAUCUUAAUAAACCUUUUAAUUGAAGGAUAAAA